AAGUACAGGGUUUGUAAAUUUUGGUCAAAAAAGUUUUAUUAAAGAACACGCAUCUUCGGAGCAACAUAAAGAUGCAAUAAGACUUGAUGCUGUUAAAAAAACAGUUAAUAAAGAAUUGGAACAACCUACAGAACAAAAUAAAAAUCAUAUAAUUGGAAUUGCAAAAAUUGUAUAUACUCUUGUACAACAAGAUAUACUACUAGCUAAACUUCUAUAUAUGGUUUAA